GCUGGCCAUGGCCUGUGUGUUUCUGGUGUACGAGAGGGAGGUAAGAAACAUCGAAAAGGGUUCUCUGCUGUCCGCAUGACUUCUAUUGACUAAAUAAAGUGUAAUGGUGCUAGUAGAAGUCAUGUAAACAUGUGACCUGUGUGCAAUACAGAUUGACACUUUCUUUGAGAAAGACCUGAUGCGUAGCUUGGAGACAUACAAGAAUUCUACGUCAGAGGGGAACUUAACCAUUAAAGAGGACUUUGAUGUUGUCCAGCAUAUUUUCAGGUGCUGUGGGGUCCACGGCGUGGCAGACUGGGAGGGCAACGUGCCCCUCUCCUGUUGUACCAAAAACCCCUGUAACAUCAUCCCCCAACCUAACUGGCAGGAGGGCUGCCAUAUGAAGCUCAGGAACUGGUUUGCGAGGAACUUUCGAAGCACUGGAGCAGGUGUCGUCUCCCUUUUCAUUCUACAGUUCAUUUGCAUGUGUUUCACCAUCCCCGUCUUCUGCCAGUUCAGUCGUAAUGGAUAUGGUUACAAGUGAAAGGAGAACCCAUGACUUUCAACUGGCUUAUGAUGCAAUACAGGAUCUCAUGAACUUGAGACAAAAUAAUAAUAGAUUUAAUUUAUGUCGAGCUUUUUAAUACAUGAAAAAUCUCAAAGAUGUAUUGAUGUCCUAUGUGGCUCAGUUGGUAGAGCACGGCCCUUGCAAAGCCAGGAUUGUGUGUUUGAUUCCCACGGGGGACCAUUGCGAUGCAAUCACUGUGAGUCGCUCUGGAUAAUAGCGUCAGCUUAAUGACUAAAAUGUAGAUGUCAUAAGGAUAUAAUUUUCCUUCGCGUGUUUAGUUUUUGUUUGAUUGUUUAUUUAAGCAAUAAGGCCUGAGGAGGUGUGAUAUAUGGCUAAGGGCUUUCUAUGCAGGA